GAGCGGCAUGGAGCUGUCGAAAAUCGCGGGGGACACCAUCUGGACGGCCGCCGCGCUGGAGGGACUUGCGCACUCGCGGGUCAUGGAGGCGCUCUCCAGCGCCGCCGCCCGCGGCGCCGCCGCCGCCGCCGCUGGAAGCGCCGGCCGCGCCAGCGAGGCGGGCGGUGCGCUGCGGCGGAGCCUGGCCGUUGGGGACGG